UUCUCGCCUUGUUUUUGUUUGCGUUCUUGAGAUUUGCAAAACACACCAGACACUAGCAGAGCAGAUGUAAAAUUGGAGUAAAAGUCUUGGUAUCUCUUGGAAAAUUUGCCCAGGAUUGUUCCCAUGAAGUUAACUGAGGAACACAACAACGUAAGAGGAAAAAAUGAAUGAAGAAGAAGUAGUUGAGCGCUUGCACAAGUACAAAGAGGCAAUCAAGCAGGAUGUCCUCUUCAUCAAUAUCGCUGACAAACUUAUUACCCAUAAGUUACUUGACAGAGACGAGUAUUACCUUCUGAAAGAAAUUCCCGAAAAUGCACUACGUAUGGAGAAAUACCUGAAUGACGUGUUGCCGAAAAAAUUAGACGGAUUUGGAUACGCGUCUGCUUUUUCACAUGUGCUUCGUAUGACGGAGCCUCUGUGGCUUGCUGAAAAAAUCAGGCCCCUUACACCUGACCCUCAAUCGGCUAAGAAAGCCAGCAAAAGAAGGAUUUCCAAAUCAACAUCACCGAGGAACCAAUCUACGAGGAAAGACCAAGAGUCUCCCUCUUCAUCGGGCGAUGAGGUCGACGCUGUUAAGAUUUGUCGAUCAGAAACACCCAAGGAAUCUGCUGCGGCCGGCAAAAUAAACAACAAUGAUCAAGUUGAAGACAGAAGCAAAUAUUUGCAACUUGAAAUCUCAAAGGAAAUGAUUGAUGUAGUUAGCAACGACAUUUAUGUAAUCCAAAAGUGGUGCUCCCUAGUACACGCCCUGGAUAUGGAUAGCGACAUGGCCUCUCUUCGCGUGAAAAUGUUUUUAAAUCCAGAUGGAAUAGAUUACGUCAUUGCUUCACUUAUCAAAAGUUGGAUUGGAAAAAAUCCUAAGACAGCAAAUUUGGGUUCAUUGAUUGAUGCGCUAAGGAACGCAAGAUUCAACUACGCUGCUUGCCAGCUUGAGGAAACAUUUAUGACAACAUUGUCAUCAUAGCCGCAGUAAAUCGGCAAAGCCAACACACAUCACCUUAAAAUUACUCUCAGAAUGGUCCAAUAUGCUUAAUCUUGCCCCUAUUGGGUGCUCAAUUUUUUUAUGUCACACCAUAAUUUCUCUACGUAACACUUUGUGUUGGUGCAUCACCAGAUCUCCACGAAACGUAUUUUUAUGAUUUUUUUUAUAAUUUUCAGUUUUAUUGUUAGUGUCCAUGUGCAAGCUUAUUCCUGGAGUUUAAUUUUGUGCAAUUUUCAAAGUGAUUAAAUAGUGUAAUCCAAAACUUGACCGUAUUAGCAUUAGCAUCUCCAAAUAAAUAAUUAAUGACAGGUCUGGAUUUGCUAUCGCCCAUACAGGCCCUAGCCCAAUUAAACACAAGUCUAUGGUGAAACGAUGUAUUCAAAUGUAUGUAGACUACAUUGCUGAAAUAGGCUGCACUUUCUUAACAAUAUUGCAUAGCAGUUGCACAGUGGGUGGAUUAGCAGUUGUCCGCGCCUGACACUACAUUUAAUUUGAUUAAAAAAAUUUAAAAUUGACAAAUUUUUUUCCAUUUGGAGUGGAUUGCAAAUGCAAAUAUUUGAAAUUUCAUUAUUGUUCAUUAUUAAGUUUUACCCUUAUCUCAUCCAUAGUUCAUAAAAAAGUAUUCACCUACAAGGCAAAUUGCUAAAACUAGAACACCUGCUUGAUAACUAUUUAAUUUUCACCUCGUAAGAUUUUAUUUACUUGAUAGUGCACCAUGAACAGUUUUAUCAACUUGGUUAUCUCAAUUUGCAUUUUUGUGAGGAAUCGCAUUAUACUUGUGUGUUCCUCAAAAAUAUAGGAGUUAAGAUCUUAUUCAUAGUUAUUCCAUACCACACCUGUUAUGCUAGAAAUAAUAAAUGGUUGAAAGUAAUAUGUUGAAGUCAAGAAUUAAGUUUGGCUUGCCAGGACACCUCUUGCUAUGUAAGUUCCAGGUAAUUUCUUUGUAAGAAUAGAACAAAUAAAGAUUAAAAAUCACUCACU